UGUUGCUUUGAUACAUUCCCUAACUGACAGCACAUUAACAUUCAGCAAUUGUGGCCUUCGCCCUGCCGGGGAAAAAAGGAGAAGAGUGCAAAGUUAAGCCGACAGACACUGCCACCUAAUGCCAUGAAUGACCACAUGGAGAAGAAGGCCGUACACUCCUGGUCACGCCUCUCCUCCGUUGGGAAAAGUGCCCUUGAGGAAGCUUUGAGGGUCUUUAACCCAAUGUCCAAAGACUUGACCGACACAGAGACACAGCUGGUGACGUUUCUGCAAGGACUCCGGGAAGAAGGCUACCAGCCUACGAUUCUGAGCAGCAAAGAUGUGUAUGGAUACAACUCAACCACUGCGAAUACGCCACCCCCAAAAUCUAAAGCCCCUUCCAAAACCACUCCCGCGGUGUCCUCUUCUAAAACACAAACCAAAAACCAAAACGGCAAGGUGUCCAACUCUACCGUGGAUAUUUCUGUCAAAGCUACUAAAAUUUCAUCCAAGCCCCCUGCCAAAAAGUCCCCAAACUUGCUGUUGAGCUCCCUGAAAAAGGCAAGCUUAAGGAAAUCCAAAGUUUCGACUGUUGAUUUUCCCUCAGACAUGUAUCCCGGAGUUUACCCUGCCAUGAGACUGUCCGUUGUGCUGGAAGCGAUAGUUCCCAUCAAAGCGGCGGCUUCCUCCAUAGAAGCCAGCCUUAAGCCGCGAUCCGGGGUUGCGGCCUCGAAAACCAGCUCAAAGGGAAAAAACAACCAAGCCUAUCAGUGUUUAAUAAAACAGACAUCGCCCCCGAAUCGGACAGUUUUAAACGGGGCCAAUGGAAGGAUCCUAAGGGAGAACAAUGCUUGCAACACCUUGGGGGUUUUGAACGGGAGAAUCUUGGCCAGCUCGACUUCCCGGUACAACGGCAUAACCCAGACCAAACAGAACACUAAACUGCAGAUAGACGUCAUCGUCAAAGACGAAAAGCACCAACUGGCCGGCAAGGACAAGAAACGGAAACAGGCCGAGGCUUUCCAGGAACCGUUGCCCAACAAGAAAAUUAAAAUUUUCAUUCCGUUGGCCAAAAAGCCGACACUCGACAAAGACAAAUACAAUUUGCUGAAGUCUAAAGUUAUUAAAGUAGACCAAGCCUCCUCUGAUGAAGAUGUACGGAGGAAAGCACAGCAGAUACUAAAAGUCAACUUAUCUCCUGUACUCCGAAUCCAGCCUCUUUUACUCAAUAUCCAAUAAAGUGUGUGUGUUUCUUUGCUUCUUUUUUGUUUUUCUGUUUUUUAUUUUUUUU